AUGUUUCCCGCUAUCCCGCUAUCUGACGGGUAUAGUGCAUACGUUGAGACCCCUGCAAGGGUAUACGAAGAUACGGAUCUCCUUUUCGCUGCAUCUAGCGAAGGAAACAACGAUCACCGCUCGUAUGUUUCCGAUUACGCGCUGGACGCGCUCGGGGACUUUCCACUCGAAAGCUUCGAACAAUCGUCGCUCGGCUUCACGUUUGGGUUCGUCGACUACAACCAGUUCGACAGCCAUGCUGAGGCGGGGAUGUUGGGGAACUAUCCCCUCCUGAAUGAAUCGUGGGCCUCGGGAUCUUAUCCCAUCGGAAAAGAAGAACUUUCGUCCUGCCACUCCACGGUUCAGCCGGAGACACUUGACGCAUGGCCCUCUCCGGAGUCGCUCGCGCAUGAGCUGCCGCUUCUCGAUAGUGUCGCUCCCACACCUCCAUUAGCAGAUAUCCCGUUGCAGAGGGGGGACGCUGGCGCCAUCUCCUUCUCCCCGAGCAGCUCAGAUGCAUCCGAUUGUGCGGAGGAAAGAAAUGACGGUGAAGCUUCGGAUGGCAACACCUACCGCUUCGCCCCGUAUCCCCGCACAUCGCCCAAACGUCGCAGAAAGAGGCGCGAUCGGUCCACCUCUUCUCCCAAGUCGACCUCUCCAUAUUCUCCACCACGCUCGCUCAAGCGCACCUCUCCCCGAAAUGCUCAAAUUGUCCUGUCGGACGAGCAAAUCGCUCGCGCAUUUGCGUCAACGACGCUGCAGUGCCCCGGAUGUUUUGACUCGUUUAAGCGACAUAACGACCUGGAGCGGCACAUCAUCACACACAGCGCCGACCAGAACGCGAGGUGUCGUGGUGACUGGCGGAUGCUGGAGGGUAUUCAGCCGAAAGGAUGCAUUGGCACGACACAGCUGCAAUAA